GUUCACGGUACACAAUUGAUAAGUUUACUAUGAUGUCUGGCGACCGGGUAAAGAUUAAGGACCUGCUGUGUAGUCGACUGACCGAAUGCGGAUGGCGUGACGAGGUGCGGCUGCUGUGCCGCAGCAUCCUGCAGGAGAAGGGAGCCAUCAGUAGCUUCACCGUGGAGCAGCUGGUGACGGAGGUGACGCCCCGGGCCCGUUCCCUCGUUCCCGAUGCCGUCAAGAAGGAGCUGCUGAUCAAGAUUCGUACCAUUUUUGACGAUAACGAGGCCGAGGACAUCGAUCACGACGAUCCCUGACAUAAAGUGCUAAUGAUAUCCCGCAUGCAAAUCCCCUAGACACUAUUUUCAAUUAUAGAAUUUUAUUUUUUAAUUUUAUACAAUAAUUAUAUACGUAUACACACACACAUA